AUGCCAGUCUCUCAGGCGCCAGAAGCUACCUUCGCUGUCUGCAAGAAGUGCAACCUAUGCCUUUCUAAUCGGGGUGGUCCCGUUUGCAUCUGCAUAGUAGGGCCUGGACCCAUCGAAGUUCAACCAAUCGGUCGAGCUCCGACGGGUCCCUCUUGUGGGGAAGCCGAUGAAGUAUGGAACAUCAACAAGCGCGUGGAAGCUGAUGAGGCCUGGGAAAUCAGUCAGUAUAUCUACUCGGACCCUUGA